AAAGACGACAUGGACCUGAAGCAGGACAUCCGGAGCGAGAGCGACACCCGGGAGGAGUACGAGCUCAAGGAUCCAACCAAUGGCUACUACAACGUCCGAGCCACCACCCACGAGGAGGCGCGCCCCCAGUCCCGGGCCAUCCACUACCAGGGUGAGUUCCGCUCUCCGAACCCAAACAUCGGACCGGCCGGCCCCCCCUCCAGUGGAUCCCCUGCUGGAGCCAGCGGAGCUGUUGCCCCCAGUGGGGUCCCAGGAUCCAGGUUGGGCUGCUACGACCCCCGCCCCCCAUCCAGGAUCUCUCACCCCACCUACGCCCAGUUCAACACCUUCACCCGGGUGGCUCAGAGCCAGCAAGCACCUCCCAAUCCAACUCUACAGUCACCUGGAGAUUACCCCGGAGACUGCGGUCUGAUGGACAACAACACCCAGCUGGCCUACGACAACUACGGGUACCCCUCCCAGUACCCUACUUACCGGAUAGGCUUCGCUCCACCCAUAGAGGAAGGGCCAGCCUAUGAGAUGUAUCCGACAGGGCAAGGGCCGGGGCCAGUGAUGGGACCGGGGCCAGGGAUGGGACCGGGGCCAGGGAUGAGCCCAGGGCCAGGGAUGGGACAAGGGCCAGGGAUGGGACAAGGGCCAGCGAUGGGACAAGGGCCAGCGAUGGGACAAGGGCCAGCGAUGGGACAAGGGCCAGCGAUGGGACAAGGGCCAGGACCAGGACCAGGACAAGGGCCAGGGCCAGGACCAGGACCAGGACCAGGGCCGGGACAACAGAGUCCUGAGGCGGGUCUGGGGCAGUAUGGAACCUCCACUCGCUUCUCGUAUUCGUCUCCGCCUUCUGAAUAUUCCCAAAGACACAUACAGCGGAUGCAGACUCAUGUUUGAGAAACACACACCCCUUGACUUGCUUUUUGAAGCUGCAGUACGUGUAACACAUUCAUCAAAAACAUUCUUAAACAAAAAAAACAAAAAAAUCUAUUUCCAUGGCAUCCAGUGCAUGGAAUUUGGUUCAUUUUGUAACCAAUAAAACCCCACGAUAACUCACCGCAGCAUCGCAACAACACACACUGAGCAGCAAUACACACCACACAUGCAAAGCGAUGCUCACAUGUUUGCGGAGGACCUGAGAGAUCCACAUCAUGAGAAAAGAGACGCAAAGAGAAAAAGAGCACUUUGAAGAAGAGUGGCUUAAAGAGGAACGGAGGAACUUUGCCCAUCCUGAAAUCCUCGUCCUGCUCUUGGGUCAUCUCCCUGCAUCACACUUUGCUCACAUCCCAUCUCUGUAAAUAGGUGCAAAUGGAGAUUUUGGUCAUUUUAAAGUUAUGUCCUUGUACAAACCUAUACAAUGUGAUGCAGUCCAGUGACCCACAGCCAACCGUCCUGUAAUCCACACUUUUUCUGACUCUCGCAUAUUGCAAACACACACACACACACACACACACACACACACACACACACACACACACACACACACACACACACACACACACACACACACACACACACACACACACACACACACACAGAUGUUUGAAAAAACGUAUUUGUUUCGAUGUACACAGCAGCUUGGACUAUAAACAUCUUUGGCACUUUUUGAUCUCUUCCCCUCACCAAAACUUGCCCAGUGGCCAUCGCUUGCCUACGAGAUCUACCUUGAUUGAACUGGGACACAGUUUCUUAAAGUGGGACAGUUAGUGACCAGAGUGCCAAUGCUUAUGUGCCAACACACACAAACUCUUAAGGUGUGUCUACUUUUGUAAGGAGUUGUCUGGACGAUGAGGUUUUCUACAUCUGCGAGCGAAGGAAAGGAGUGGUAGCAAGCGUCUCUAUAUAUGCUCAUUUCUCCUCCUCGUCUGUCAUUUGUAAUCAUCAUGAUGCAUUUCUGUACUUACAUUUCACUCGAGGUCAUUGCUGUGUACAGUAUUUGUGAAACGAGGUGUGACGGAAGCGCUUUUUUCAUUCAAUCAAUUUCUGCAAUUUGUACAAAAAGAUACCUCCCCUACCCUCCAGUGUCAAAAAAAAGUAUUAGUUUCUCUCACUUGCACAGUAGAAUAGAUUUUGUUCCCAUAUUUAUACGGAAACUAUGAAGAAAAAAGGCAUUCAGAAACAUUUUAUAGUAUUUUUCUAAGGAGUUGUGGACCAAAGGUUCAGCGUUUUGGGUGAAACUCACUUUUUAAAGUGUACGUGGCGACAUGGUCGUUAUUGGAAACGUUUUGAGUUUCUUUAAAAAGUGAUGGAUGGUGGUAUUGAAGAGGUAGUUUGUAGACUAAAAGGAAAGAAAAUUGAAGAGCUUCAAUCCAAAAUGAUAAAUAUCCAGCGAAUCUAUUUGGGGGGAUAUCUCUGUUUGGUGUGAAACUCUUUCUGUGACUUCCAGUCUUUUGACCGGACUGCCUUUUUUCAAACGUCGACGACAUUCAAAAUGGUGGAUGGAGAAGAAAGCAGCUGCUCUCUUUGAGCUGUGAACUCUGUAAGAAAUGUGAAGUGUGGUCUAACAUAUCAAAAUGAAGGCACAGAGGGUUCUAUCUAGCUCAUACGGUACUUUGUACAUUUCUAUGUAAAGUAAACUGGUGUGUCCCUGCAGAAGAAAAUGUGGUGGUAUUUUAUGUCUGAGAUGUUUUCCGUUAUAUAGUGUCAGCUUUUGUUCGUGUGUUUGGACUUUAACCCAACAGGCUCAUAAUAAUCAGCGUUUAAAAUGAUGCUACUAACCUCUAACCUCUACUCAGCCCCAUGAACUCCCAGAAACAAAUUAUUUUACAACAAGAGAGAAGAUCACAUGUGUCUGUUUGUCUGGUAGGGUCUUAAAUAACCCGGACGUUUUCUCACUUAAAGCGCCAAAUAAGUCCAAAUGAAUAUUACAUUUAGCUUUUAAAAGGCUAUCAAAACCAGAGUGUACUGUACCUGGAAUAUGGAACAAUCAAAUAUAUUGCCUUAUAACGACAUCUCAAUGGGUAUGUAUAAGAAAGACAUUAUAAAAAAACAGUGAUGCUUUGGCAACAUUGUUUAAUUUAACUUUCAUGCCAAUAAAGCCCCUUUGAAUUGAAUUGAAUUGAAUAAAAAAACAGUUGUCAUGCCAACUAUGGUUACAAGAAGACCGUUUUUGACUUGAAGCUUUGAAUGUCUAAAUGACAUCUUUUGAGAUGUUCCCCCCCACAGGAAAUAAUUUGACUUCCAGCGACUUAUCAAUAAUGUUGCUUGCUGUGUUAACACGGAGCUAAAAACAUUUCACUAAAGCAACAACAUGUGCUUAAGUAAGAUCAAAUUCCUACUGGUUUUCAAAUUGGUUCAUGUUUGCACGCACUGAGAUUUGUAAGUAAGAUUCGAUUUAUUUUUGUAUCAUACCAUCUCGCAAAUUCACCUGUAAUGGUGACAAUCAUGUGUUGAUUAGACGAAGCAGCAGCCAGCAGCAGCAGCAAACUUUACUUUGUACUAAACUCUAAAGUUCCAUUGGUUUUAUUACGUUUUUAUUCCUUAAGGGACAUUAGAUAAUACAUUGUUUUGGCAAUCACCAGGAACUGCUUCGACAUUUUCUUGAUGUUCUCCCUUUUCUUAAGGGCACGCUUUAUUGAGAAGUCAAAGUAAAAAAAGGGCUGUCUGCAAUGAAACCCCCCCUCUUCUCUUUCUAUCUCUUCCAUACGUUUGUGAUAGCAGUAAAAAAAAUGAAAGCAGAUGCUCUGAAAAAGACCUGCGGCUGCAAAGUGAAGUCAAAUAUCUCUGGAGGUAAUCAUUGAGUCUUAAUACUUAUCAGCCACCCCAUCAACCCUUCACAGAUACAUUAUAUUAUGGUAAUUAUUUGCUAGGGGGCAGUAAAAGUUGUAUUUAUUGCCCCUGUUUUGAAUAAACACUUUCAGAAAGGAAACGGCAGCCACGCCAUUUCUGAUUAGAAUAUCAGAUGGAGCCUUGUAGCUUCAAGGUCACCAUAUAAAACAUUGCUGUGUAGUUAUAGGAGAAGAAUGGCAGAUGGAGCACCCUUUUAAAUUGAUAUGGUUAUCACAGCCUUGGUACUGCAUACUAUUACCUCGUUACAAUCAUUUUUACAGAGUUGUAGCCGUGCAGUAUUCUGCAUCUGACUUGAAAUGACGUUAUGACCUUGUGUAGAAUGAGAACAUUUGACACGGAGGACGAAGAACAACAAAAACACAGCCAGGUACUUAGUCCUUCCCUCUUUAGUUUUUACACUCUGUUGACAUCAGGGGCAUAUUAAUAUGUAAAAGACACCAUACAGUAGAUGCCAGAAAUGCAAAACAGAGGUGUAAAGUUUGAAAUAAGAAAUGCAGCUUAUGAGGGAAUCUGGAAGUGUUUACUGCACUUUUCUUUUAUGUUGUUCCCCUCUUCUCCUUAUGUACCUCUCAUCCCUUUACUCUCUGCUUUCUCCCCUGCGUCACAUUAACAGCCACCUAACAGCUUCCAAUUUAAAAGGUUGUCUUUUCAUAAAAAAAAUACUCAUAUCAACAGAGGAAACACAUCCCUCAUAGCUUUCUCCCAAAUUGUAUUGGCGCCAUUACCACAUGGAGUACAUGUAGGUGUAUUCGUGUAUAUGUGUUGGAGCGUUGGGAAUCCAUUUGUAGAGAACAUAUAUCAUCCUCGUUUAUUUCUUUGUAUGAUAAUCAUCAUUUUGAAUGUUAUUGUCUUGGUAUUAAUUUGUGUUCUCGCCUCACCAGUGGAAGAAAGGACUGUUGUCAAAAGUGUGUUUUAUAUGCAGUAUUUUUCUGUGUAUGCAUCAGAUAGAGGGGGUCCUAACUUCUGAUUAAUCAACCCAGCAAAAAAGAGAGGGUGUGUGUGUGUGUGUGUGUGUGUGUGUGUGUGUGUGUGUGUGUGUGUGUGUGUGUGUGGCCAAAAGACUACUCAGCCAGGCCACAAAUAGCCAAAACUCUGUGUCAACUAGGCCAAACCAGGCUAAAAACCAGGCCAGAGCCACAGCUAACGUCUCUUUUCCACGCUGUGCUGUGCCGCGCUUUCCAAGAACAACUCAAGUGUCCAUUUUACAUUGUGGAGUCUUCAUUCAGUGCCAAAAGCAGAACAUGAACUGAGCAGGCAAACAAAUGCAGCAGCCAUUUGUGUGUGUGUGUGUGUGUGUGUGUGUGUGUGUGUGUGUGUGUGUGUGUGUGUGUGUGUGUGUGUGUGUGUGUGUGUGUGUGUGUGUGGGCUAGCUGUUUGAAUCUCCAUUUAUGCACAUGUACUGUCACCAUCUGUGACCAUGUGUGUGUGUUGAUGUGUGUGUUGGCAGCCUGUAACACCAGUGUGUAUUCAUAUCAUUAGACAGGUCUACUGGUCUGUAGAAAUUGGGGUUUGACUGACUGGUUUUGGUAAAUAUCAGAUAUUAUCAGCUCAUAGCCUGACUUUUUAUGAAAAAUGUUGAUUGAUUUGAGCAACCACUACAACAUCUUCUGUGUCACUUUGAGAUGACAUUUAGGAGGGAUAGAAAAUGGCUCUUGCAACUGAUGGUGGGAGAACAACAUGACUCUUACUUCCAAAUGUAGAUUGGCCUAUCACCAAGAUGUCAGACUGUAAAACAAAGUGAAACGUAAUGCCGAUUCAGUCUCAACGGCUAGUAAACAGCAAAAACUGAAACGUUUUAAUCCGUGCUGAUUCAUUAUAGUUUUAAAACUUGGUUUGGGAUUUUAUUAUUAGUCUUGGUGGAAACAGACACUUUUGAAAACACUCGCUGCCUGAUUGUGUCUUAACGGUGACAACCUGUCCUUCCCUGAUUGGUCACGACCUUAGCAUGUGACCCUUUUCUGGGAGAAAUCAAACAAAUCAGCCUUGACUACUUGACUACUAGAAGUUAAUUCAGCAUAGUAACACAUUAGGUUAGCUCACCUUGUUUUCUACACAAACAGCUGUAAUGGAGAUAAGUGUCUUUUAGGGUUAGGGGUCUUUGGAUUCAAGAAAAGCGCUAUAGAAAUAUAAUUUAUUAUUAUUAUUAUUAUUUAUAAGCUCUUCUUAUUGUAAUGCUACUGCUGCCUCAAUGCAAGCCAAAAUGUAGCUAUUUGUUAAAUUCCCUCGUUCAGCGGCAUGGACCUGUUUCAUGUUUACACCGACUCGUGCCUGCCAAGUUUACGUGAACAGUCGUGAGUUUUCAGUAUUAACUGCAAUCAUUUCUGAAACGGUGCUACAACGAUCUCACGUGCACGGAUACCUUAAGUAAAAACAUGGUGUGGCUGUAGACCUGUCUCAAGUUGUCAAGGGGUGAACACUGAGGCAUGAACUCAAUUGCACGACUCAAAACUCAGACUCAGAUAGCGUUUCAAAAUAAAGACUUUACUAGAAUUUUGCACAGUAAUAAAAAUAAGGAAAACAAAACACUCUUUCGAGGAAAACUAGAAUCGUGAUCUAUAUCAUAGAUCCAUGAAAGGUCCGUGAGGUAAGCCGAUACGUAGGUCAACGAGAGACAACGAACUGACAAUGAACAGGAGGGAGCUAACACAAUAUAUACACAGGUAAAGGGGACA